CCCGCUGGCUCUCCAAGGUCAGACUCAGUGUCCAACCUAAGGCUGGAGCCAGGAACAAGGGACUGGCCAGCUCUGUCCCUCUUGCUCGGAACCAGCCAGCCACGCCCGGCUGCGAAAGCCCAGCAGAACGCCUUCUACGCCUGCGCAACGGUCCCCGCAGCUUUCAGCUUCUUCCUGAGGCCUCAGUCGCUUAGCAACACUGGAGUCACAGUAGCAGCGCUCUGGAACCCUUUCCAGGCCAGGAUAACUCAAGUGUUCUUUCCUGACGCUCCUGGCCGCAACGUGCCAGAUCGAAGAGGGCCAUGGAGGGGAAAAAGCAGCAUUCCACUUACUUAUCUGGAUGCAUCAGGAGAACAUGAAGACAAUUUUGUAGAAUAUAUCUCCUUUAUACAUCAAUAUGAUGCCAGGAAAACUCCCUGUGAGCCCAUCCGGGGAAAGAGACAUGGAACCUUCAUUCAGAGACAGAUAACUUUGCCAGUAGUUUCUAAGGAACCAGAGGUAUUAUUGAACACUUUAGCAUCAGGUUCAUCAGAACAACCAAAAAAUACAGAAAAAGGAAGUUCAUCAGGAGACAAAGUGACUUCACUGGUCCCGUACCAACAGAAUUCCCAAGAACUGCUGGGGACACUGAACAGUUUAUCAGAACCAGACGGCAGCCCGGCCCAGCACGCCCAGAAGCCUGGGGAUGGGUUCCUGAGUAGUUUGCACAACAGUGUCAUGCUGAUGUUUCUUAUCACACCAGUCAGAAGAAGAUGCUGGAGUUACUGA